GGGGGGGAGCCGGGCGCGGAGCAGCCGCCGAGCGCAGCCAUGAGCCGCCGUGUGGUGCGCCAGAGCAAGUUCCGGCACGUGUUCGGACAGCCAGUGAAGGCAGACCAGAUGUACGAGGACAUCCGUGUGUCCAAGGUGACAUGUGACAGCUCCUUCUGCGCCGUCAACCCCAAGUUUGUGGCCAUCAUUGUGGAGUCUGGUGGUGGCGGGGCCUUCAUUGUCCUGCCCCUUGCCAAGACAGGACGGGUGGACAAGAACCACCCGCUGGUCACGGGACACACGGCGCCCGUGCUGGACAUCGACUGGUGUCCCCACAACGACAACGUCAUCGCCAGCGCCUCGGAGGACACCACUGUCAUGGUGUGGCAGAUCCCCGACUAUGUCCCCGUGCGCAACAUCACGGAGCCCGUGGUGACACUGGAGGGACACUCCAAGCGGGUGAGCAUCAUCUCCUGGCACCCCACGGCCCGCAACGUCCUGCUCAGCGCAGGCUGUGACAACCUGGUGAUCCUCUGGAAUGUGGGGACCGGGGAGAUGCUGCUGGCUCUGGAUGACAUGCACACCGACCUCAUCUACAACGUGGGCUGGAACCGCAAUGGCAGCCUGCUGGUCACCACCUGCAAGGACAAGAAGGUCCGUGUCAUCGACCCCCGCAAGCAGCAGGUCAUAGCGGAGAAAACCAAACCGCACGACGGCACCCGCCCCAUCCGCGCCAUCUUCGUGGCCGAUGGCAAGAUCUUCACCACGGGCUUCAGCAGGAUGAGCGAGCGGCAGCUGGGGCUCUGGGACCUGGAGAGGUUUGCCCCCCACGAAGGGCUGAGGCCCGUGCGGGCCAUCUUCACACGGGAAGGACACAUCUUUACCACGGGCUUUACCAGAAUGAGCCAGCGGGAGCUGGGCUUGUGGGACCCGAAUAACUUUGAGGAGCCCAUUGCCCUGCAAGAGAUGGACACGAGCAAUGGGGUCCUGCUGCCCUUCUACGAUGCCGAUUCCAGCAUUGUCUACCUCUGUGGGAAGGGUGACAGCAGUAUCCGGUACUUUGAGAUCACGGACGAGGCGCCCUACGUGCACUACCUGAACACCUACAGCAGCAAGGAGCCCCAGCGGGGCAUGGGCUUCAUGCCCAAGCGUGGGCUGGAUGUCAGCAAGUGUGAGAUCGCCAGGUUCUUCAAGCUGCACGAGCGCAAGUGCGAGCCCAUUGUCAUGACGGUGCCACGCAAGUCAGACCUCUUCCAGGAUGACCUUUACCCCGACACGCCAGGCCCCGAGCCAGCCCUGGAGGCUGACGAGUGGCUGUCGGGGAAGGACGCAGAGCCCAUCCUCAUCUCGCUGCGGGAUGGGUACGUCCCCAUCAAGAACCGCGAGCUGAAGGUGGUCAAGAAGAACAUCCUGGACAGCAAACCCCCGCCAGGCCCCCGACGCAGCCACUCCACCUGCGACUCCGACUUCUCUCAGCCAGCCUUGGAGGAGGUGCUGGAGGAGAUCCGUGCCCUGAAGGAGACGGUGCAAGCGCAGGAGAAGCGCAUCUGCGACCUGGAGAACAAACUCUGCCAGUUCACUAACGGCACGGACUAGCGCGGUGGCCACAGCCACGACCACGGGCAGGGCCAGGACUGCCCCGGCCUCCCGGGGAUUAAAGCCGAGUCCCCAGUUUGGGCAGGAGCCUGGAGCCGUGUUCUUUCCCCAGGAGCCGAGGGGGCAGGGAGUCACCGGCAUCAGUUGCAUCCUGCUCCUGCUUCAGUGCCCGCAGGCUGGGGCUGCCGAGCAUCCCUCCUCGCACGCUGGGCACCAGCAGCCUCCCAGCACACGGAGCUGCCGGCCCCCCCGGCCAGGAUGUGCUUGUGUACGGUGCUACAUCCCCACCCCAUCACCCCUCACUGCCCCUGCCCCAUCGGCCCCUCGGCGGGUGCUCCCGACCGGCUCUUUGCUCCUGGACCCCUUUAAUAAAGGGCUCAGCCACCCUUGGCUGCGUGGCAGGUACCAGGGAGGAGGGCUCACCGUGGCA